AUGGGCGUGGGACGUCGUAUGAGAAAACAAGGUCCUCCGGCCACCCUGGAGGAGCUGGGGAUCAAUCUGAAGCGCAAGUCCGCCCACGCAGAGCCUGAGAAGCCUGCCCGAAAACGCAGGAAGUGGGAUGAGAAACUGCCGCAGACGACCACGGAUGCCUCAAAGAAACUCGUCAACCUCGAUCGGGCGUUUCGGAAUGGCACUACCACACUGCCGGCUAAGACAGCUACAAAAGCAAAAGUCAAACUGGUCAACAGCGACGCCCAGAUAACCGUCCCACCUCCCAUACCCACCACCGCGUCUGAAGGGAUCGAUGGGGACGAGGAGGAUGAAGGCGAAGAGAGCGAUCUUGACGCCACCGAAGUGGCAUUAAACACGGUCUCUCUGUCAGACCUGGAAAGCGAGGGGGAUGAAGAUGACGACGAUGAACUGGUACAGGCAGAUCUCGACGGAGACCUCUCCGACGACUCCGUCUUCGAUUCAGACCAAGACGAACGCCCGCGGCGCAUGUUUUCCGAUGACGAGGACGAAUCCGAUGCCGAGGCGAAACUCACCGCUGCCAACAUCGAAGGUCUUUCGCGAAAGCUUGACCUACAACAGGCACAGGAGGAUGCGGAGGCCAAGCAAGAGUUGGAAGAUGCAGCCCUACAAACAAAUAUUGCUAAAGAUGAAGGUGUGCUGGACACAGUCAACGCACAGGGCCUUGCUCCCGACCUAUCCAUUAUUCGCACAAGAAUGACCGAGACCAUACGCAUCCUGGGCAACUUCUCAGAACUCGCAGACAAAAGUAAAUCGAGGGCUGAUUACACCGAACAGCUGCUGGCGGACGUCUGUACAUACUACGGUUAUACACCAUUCCUAGCCGAGAAGCUUUUCUCGCUCUUUACCCCGGCCGAAGCAUUCGCCUUCUUCGAGGCCAAUGAGACACCCCGGCCGGUCGUCCUCCGGACAAACACCCUCCGGACCAAUCGGCGCACGCUGGCCCAAGCAUUAAUCAAUCGAGGAGUUGUCUUGGAGCCUGUUGGAAAAUGGUCCAAGGUCGGCCUUCAAGUUUUUGAGGCACCCGUACCGCUGGGUGCCACACCAGAGUAUCUUGCCGGACACUACAUUCUGCAAGCUGCCUCCUCCUUCCUCCCCGUCAUGGCCCUCGCACCUCAACCAAAUGAACGGAUCUUGGAUAUGGCCGCCGCCCCCGGCGGCAAAACCACCUAUAUUUCGGCUUUGAUGCGCAACACUGGCGUUGUAUUUGCCAACGACGCCAACCGCCAGCGAGCCAAAGGUCUCAUUGGUAACAUCCACCGACUCGGGUGCAAGAACACCAUUGUCUGUAACUACGACGCGCAAAAGGCUUUCCCGAAAAUCCUCGGCGGCUUCGAUCGGGUCCUACUGGACGCACCCUGCUCUGGCACGGGCGUCAUCGGCAAAGACCCCAGCGUGAAAACGUCCAAGAACGAACGUGAUUUCCUGGCCUUGCCGCAUCUACAGAAACAACUUCUCCUCGCCGCCAUCGAUUCGACCGACCACGCCAGCAAGACCGGCGGGUACAUCGUGUAUUCCACCUGCUCGGUGACCGUCGAAGAGAACGAGGGCGUGGUUCAAUACAUCCUGCGGAAACGACCCAACGUCAAGAUCGUCGAUACGGGAUUGGGGAACUUCGGAUCCGAGGGAUUCAAGAGCUACAUGAACAAGAAGUUCGACGACCGGAUGACGCUGACGAGACGGUACUUUCCUCACCGGGAGAACGUGGAUGGGUUUUUCGUGUGCAAGUUGAAGAAGACGGGGCCGACGCCGAAGAAGAACGGGGAGCACGCGAACGGAGUCGAGCACCCGGAGUCACGGCGCGCCGUCACGGGCAGAGACCACGGGUCAUACACCGACAGUGGCGACGCGGCGGACGAGGCGGACGUGGCGGCCGCGGCGGGCGACGACUUCGGCGGCUUCAACGACGAGGAAGACCAGGGAUUCAUCGAGAGGGCGGAGAAAAAGUGGCUGAAGGCCAGAGGACUGGAUCCCAGAGUGGCGGAUCGCAAGAAGCAGGGUCAGGACGAGCAGAAGCAGCCAAAGCAGAAUGGCGUCGAGCCCAAACACAAGGGCAAGAAGUCAAAAAAGGAGACCAAGAAGACGAAUACGAAGAAGUAG